ACUAAGAGAGUGCACUUCUGUGUGGAUUGUAAGUGACAUCCAGAGAGCGAUUUCAGAUGACAACGCUUGGGGGAUAUUAAACCACUGCAUUGAAGAACUGGGACCUGGAGGAGAGUGCAAAAGCAUAAACAUUAUCUGUACCCACACUGCAACAAUUGAUAGGUCUACACAGCUUACUGCGGAGGAAAUGAAAACACGGACACUUCAUAGAAACAAACGUGCAAAGGAAAAAACUACAAAAAAAAUGGAAUGUAAAAUGCAGGAAUUACAGGAGAGAUUCACUACGGAUGUUUUUACUGUAGACUCCAUAGCAUACUUUGAUCACACAUCACAUCUGACACGUACUGAAACAGAGAUCCCAAGGCUGCAUGAUGUCCUCAGGAGUCUUAACAAAAGCAUCAACCAAAAACUGACUAGAGAUUAUGUCAAUGAAGCUAAAGGAGUUUUGUCCUUGGUCCAAAGUAUCCAACUGGACACAGAUGAAAACAUGACAAAAGCAGAAGUCCGAAAAAAACUAGAGAAGAAGCUAAAGGAAGCACUGAAGAUAUUGGAUGGUCAUUUUGACUCACUUAAUACGAUUCUGGAGCGAAGUCUGGAAAAGAGUAUAAAAGAAUCAAUGGAUUCACAUGAUAUGAACACAGAAGACAUGUUUUCAUCUGUUUAUCGAGUCGAUAGCAAAAUAAACUACAAAACUUAUCAAGCUAUGUGUAGGAAAAAUGGAUGUCACUGGCCAAAAAACUGGAACGAAUCUAUAGAUUUAAACAAGUACUUGUCUAAAUACAUGCGUCGCAACAUUGAAAAGGAGUUCAAAUGGAUGUUUCCUGUUCCUGAUGAUGACGUCAAGAAUUUGCUCCAUGAUAAAGACAAUAAAAGGAAAUCAGUGAAAGAAAAGCUUGAUGAGUUUAGCAUCAUCUCAACUGCCCUCCCAGAACCAUCCAUGCUAUAUCACCUUGAGAACUUCAUCAAAACACAGGAAAACAAACUGAAGGAAUCACUCAGUAGAGACAUUCUUGAUAGAAAGAAGGAAAUCUACUCAUCAAUCUCUACAGUCAUUCAAAAAAACAUGACUCCUGGAUACCAGAAAGCUGCAGAGGAAGGAGAUUUAGGAGCACAAAAGAGGAUGGAGGAGAUCAUAUCAAAAACAAUAAAGGAUUUAAAACCUAACAUGUUUAAUGAGGCAAAAAAGAAAGUACUUGAGAUGUUCCAAGACUUAAAGGGGCAUGUGCAUCAAACCCUUGAUUCUGAGCUAAGGAGAUCACUGGAGUGCUCGCUUUCACUAACAGGCAAAAUCACUCAACUGGAUGUCCCCAAAAUGAUUCAAGAGCUGGACACACUAUUAGAGCAACUGUCUGACGUUUGAGAUCGGUUGGACACGGAUGCGGCGCAUGACAUCAGACUUAACAAGUGGAUUUAAAAAUUAAAGUUGCAAUGAAAUUGAAAUGAAAAACUGUAAUUUGUUUUGGAAUAUUGUGUUUUUUUUUUUUUACAAAUUACUUAUCCGUGGGCUUCAUUGUUUUUUUUUACAUUUAUGUACACUCAUAAACUUUAAUCAAAAACGCAAAUCUCCUCUCCUUCUCAAAAUUAUCUCUUUUUACUUCCGGUCAUAUGGUAUGGCAGGUGGGCCAGGUCUAGGAAAAGAUCACAGCAAAUAGCAACAUGACCCAACUUCAAAUGAUCCAAUUCAAGUCCUGUUUUAUCUUUUUUCAUUUCAGAAGCUGUUUCACUAGAAUAUACGUCACAACAGGGAAAAUAAGACAAUCGGUAUUUCCAUUUCAUGGUGACUUAAAACAACUUUCUAAUAUAAACACAAGAUGAUUUUUAAGUAUGCUAUGCAACACAAUCCCCACCCGCAUUACCUACUGUUUUUUGAUGAACACCAAGGUCGUGUUGGUAAUUUAAUUGCCAUCCAAAUCCAGAUCUUUGAGUUUAUAAAGGGAAUCAAUGUAAAGUCAUUCAGAACAUAGUUUUAGAGUAUCCGGGUCAUGUGAAUGAUCAUGUAUCCAAAUUAACCACACAUUUGCAGGUUUCGAAUUAUAAACUCACACAUUCACUCACUGUGAAUUUAUCUUCAUCCGAACGCAUGAGUUUUAUCGGGGGGGAGGAGGCAUGCCAAUUUAUUUUUACAGACAUUCUCAUGAGAAACAAUUACGUCUGAAUAGGGCCUAACAGUGAGAUUUCAUGUUUUAUAGAAAGAAUUGUUUCUCUAGAGAGUUAUGAGUUGUUUUAAUUAGAUUGCAAUGAUUAUGUUCUAAUUGCUACAUUCUGGGUUACUUAUUCAUUUAUAGUAGUUAAUUGUUAAUUAUUUCAUUAUCAUUGUUUAGUUUUGGUAAUUAGUUAGUGGUAUAAUAGUUUUUUGUGCAUUUAGUUGUAUUCAGUAAUAUACUGUAUUUACCUUCAUUUGUUUUAUGUCAUUAUGUUUAUGUUAUUUAGCCUGCAUGCUUUUAAAGGUUGAAUAGAAAAUUUUUGUAAUGGAAUAUAACAUUUUAGAGCAUUUCUGCAGUACCUUAAUAUUGUAAUCUUUUGUUGGGGCUAUACUACUGUUAACAUUUUGGGUUUGUAAGACGAGCUUUUUGAGGUUUGUAAACCAAGUUUUUUUAUUGCUUUCAAAAUAUAGUAAGUAGACUGAUUACUAGUGUCUCACAGUUUGAUUUGUGUGAAUGAGCGGUGUCGUCCUGACCCAGAGAACAAGAAAAGUUCAUAAGACGACAGAAUUGCCAUUUCCACAAUAAAAAAAACUUGAUUCAU